AACGGAAGCAAGCAGCCAGCUAAAAGGCUCAAGCGCAGCAGCGGCUGCCGCGACGCGCCCACCUCCCUCUCCAACUUUCCGUUUGCCACACCUCUAUUGCAACCGCCACAACCCCUAGCUCCAGCAACAACCAACUCCCUCCUCCCCUAAUCUCUUCCCACUCCAAAAUGACGGACUGCCAGGUGGUGGCCAUGAAAAAGGCGUACGCCAGGAUCAUGCUCAACAUGGCGCAGGAGUCGGCGGCGCGGGUGCUGACGGCGGAGCGUCGAGCCGUGGCCCUCGCGGCCAGUCUCGAGGCCGCCAAGGAGGACGGCGUCGCCGCGCUCCUGCGGCUCAAGGCCAUCAUGGAAGUCAGGAUAAAAGAGAAAGAACUGGAAUCUUUGGUGCAUGUUAAGAUGAUCAAGGAACUAGAAGAGCAAUUGAAUGGUUCACAAAAUGCCAUGGCCUCUCUUAAGGUUGAGCUGCAGAGGGCAAAUACUGAAUUAGAGCUGACAAGGAAAACUUUAGCUGAUGAAAGAAUGAAUAGCCUUCCCACAUCCAAUAAUGUUUAUUAUUCUAAUAAAAACGUCAGCCCUUGUUCUAAGAUACAUCCACAAGGAGGAAAUAUAUUGUUAAAGAAUAAAAAAAACGCUGACAACAGUGAUGACACUUGCCUUGUUCUGAUAACCGAGGAGAAUGAAGCAGUGGACAAAUUGGAGGACAAGGAUCGUCGCAGUCCUGAUCUACCAUCAUUCAUGAAAAGAAAUAAGAAACCAAAGUUCUGUCAUAAUGGGUGUACACAGCGUAUCCAUGCACUUAAACAGCAGACUCAAAGUACAGAUGCAUUCCUGAAGCAAAAUCAGAAGCAGGCCACUGCAUUCAAUAGCCACUCAAAGGCCAGAAAGAAAAAUGCUGCCAAAAACUCAUGCCACACAAGGUCCGUCACGGAGCAGAUACUUCAAACGAAAUUUCUUGGUAAGUUCAAGCGCAAGAGAGGUAGAAGAAACAGGCCUAGCUAUAAGCAUGAUAAUUCCAGUGAGCACGGGGAAGCAGAAUACAAGUUAUCUGAUAGAUCUGAAUCUGACGGAAAUGGCUGCUUGCUGCUACUUCAGGCACUUGAACAGGAUCUUUCACCUCCAAAGUUGUCCACUGAACAUGAUGGGGAGGCCUUAACUGACCUGAAGGAAGAUUUCGAAAUGAGCGGGGGGGAUGCUGAGUUAAGUCGGUGUACUGCUUUCUCGGAACUGGUUAAUGUACUUGCAGUCAACAGUGUGCAAAUCAAAAGAAGAAAAAGAACAAAGACUGUCAGGGUUUUGGAAGUUGAUUUUUCCGAUACUAAAAGUGUUCCUGAACCAGCUAACACCCAGCUUAGGACCAGUUCGAAAAGCAUGUCUGGUAAUCAAUCGGUCUCUGAGAUGACUGAGAAUCGCUCUGAUACACCCAUCAGAAACAGUAGCCCUUUCUUGAAAUGUGCUACUGCAAACUUAAUGCAUCAGAUUGCUGCUGGUAAUGGUCAAUUUGAUCCUGAAAUCGGCUCUGCAGUGUCCCUUCAGUCGACCAAAAGUGAAACUACAGAUUAUGGUAACUUGGUGGUGGACCAGCAGGAGCUGAUAACACCAAAUAAUAAUACUACAAGCUUGAAAGAAGUAAAUGAGGAUGGAAGCUGCAGUUUGGCUUCACCUAAGGCUGAUGCUUCGACUCCUGUGCAAGCUUUAGAGAAAUAUGAUAUUUCAGUUGGCAGCUCCCUGAACAAAGAAGAGCAUACAAAGGCAUCUUGUGGAGCUUCCAUACAAGCUGAAGGUGCCAGACAAAUCAAAUACACAUUCAAUCGCAGAAAGCGCAAGGGUAUGUCUAUUGACAGCACCCCUCAGCGUGCUGUCCCUGAGGAGAGCAGUGACCUGUGUAGUCCAACUAACAAGCAAAAGCUUCACCCCGAUUGUGUGGAACAGGAUCAUUUGAUAGAUUCUCCACAAGGCCACAGUCAACUAGUUCAGGUUGCCGAACAGCUCAUUUUGUUGUCAGAGCAUAUGUGAUGAGAGUUUUGAAACAUAAAGCUGAAGGAAUGACUAGUUUGGUGAUGUAACAUUUAGGAGGCUUCUGAUAAGUGAAUUUUGUAAUAUUCUAAAUCCGUUUGAUUUCUUUCCUGGCGUAAGAGAGUUCCGGUGGUGACAACUGACAACAGAUGUACCAAGGAAGCAGCUCAACUCGAGGAUUGCUACUGUAGCAGAGUGUAUAGAUUUUAAAUACUAUUUAGUUGAUGAUGACAUUGAAUUAUUGUUUAAGUAGGUGAUAAAUUUUAGUUAUCGUUAUGUAGUUGUGUUAUUUAUCGUCUCAUCAGAAUUCAAAAGGGAAAGAAUUGCUCUCUGCAUAGAUGUAUUUAAAUUUUGAAUCAAUCUCUAUCACUUAA